AUGACCAACGAGACCAAGACGAGUGCUAUUCUCCACCGGGACACACACUUUGUCCCGAAGAAAGCCAUCGGUGGCAAGGGGUGCUACGUGUUCCUGGAAGAUGGGACCAAAUUCCUCGAUGCCACAGGUGGCGCAGCUGUAUCUUGUCUAGGACACGGUAACGAGCGGGUCACUCAGAUCAUCAAGAACCAGAUGGACCAGAUAUCCUACUGCCAUUCUGCCUUCUUCGGAACUCAGGUGGCCGAGGAUUUGGCCAAACUCCUAGUGGACUCUACCGGAGGAAAACUAUCCAAGGUCUUUAUAACCAGCUCAGGGUCUGAGGCUGUCGAAGCUGCGCUUAAGCUGGCACGGCAAUAUUUCUUAGAGCUUCCAACCCCCCAAACUGAGCGUACCAGGUUCAUUGCGCGUCUUCCAUCCUACCACGGUACCACCCUGGGCGCCCUUUCAGUAGGUGGACACGUUCAACGUCGGCAGCCAUUUGAACCGCUUCUCUCCAAGAACGUAUCCCAUGUUUCCCCAUGCUAUGCAUACCGUGGGAAGCGGGACGCCGAGUCCGAUGCAGACUACGUAGCACGUCUGGCAGCCGAGCUAGAGGCUGAAUUCCAACGUGUCGGACCCGAAACUGUGUGUGCAUUCGUCGCAGAGCCGGUUGUCGGCGCGGCUCUCGGCUGUGUCCCCGCAGUACCAGGGUACUUCCGUGCAAUGAAGGCCGUUUGCGAGAAGCACGGCGCUCUCUUGAUCCUUGACGAGAUUAUGAGCGGCAUGGGCCGUUGCGGCACCUUGCAUGCCUGGGAGCAAGAGGAUAUUGUUCCCGACAUCCAGACUAUCGCAAAGGGUCUGGGUGGUGGCUACGCGCCUGUGUCGGCCGUCUUGAUUAGCGACUCUAUUGUGCAGACGAUGGACAAAGGCACCGGGCAGUUCCGCCACGGACAGACAUACCAAGGCCAUCCGAUCUCGUGUGCUGCUGCGUUUGCUGUGCAAAAGACUAUUCAGGAACAGUCUCUUGUGGACAAUGUCCGGACCAUGGGUGCUUACCUUGAGACACAGUUGAGGCGGCGAUUCGAGAGUCAUCCUCACGUGGGAGAUAUUCGUGGAAAAGGAUUGUUCUGGGGUCUUGAAUUCGUCAAAGACAAGGCCACGAAAGAGCCAUUUGAUCCCAAGCAUGGUCUGUCUUAUCGGAUUCAGGAGAAGGGUCUACAACCGGAGCACAGUGUCUCGCUAUAUGGCUGCUCUGGUACCGUGGAUGGAAUUAAAGGAGAUCAUCUUAUACUCGCGCCACCUUAUAUCGUGUCGAAAGAGGAGAUUGAUAUUAUCGUUGACACACUGGAGAAAAUUAUGAAGGAAGUUUUUGCCUCACUAUAG